UGAGUUCGAUUGUCGUCAGAACUAGCUUGCCAUAUGAGUUCUCAAAAGCAUUUGGCUCCUGAGGAUAGAUAGCUGCUCCAGAAAUAGCUCUGGAAGAGAAGUUGCUCCUGGGUCCAGUUUCGGGUGGCAGCUGAGCUGUCUUUAGGAGGCUUGCUUGCUCCCACCGCGGGGCUACAGCGAGGAGAAAGCCUUCCCUGCUCUGCCUUCCGCCUGCCUGUGGAGCCCUCAGCCCUCUCUCGCUGUCCGCCAGUGGAGCACUGAUGUUAUGGCUGAUGACACAGAGACUAAGCAUGGAGGAAGCAAGAAUGGAAAGAAAGAUGGGUUCUCUGGAAGCUCAUUUUUCACCUGGUUCAUGGUGAUUGCUUUGCUGGGAGUUUGGACAUCGGUAGCAGUUGUCUGGUUUGAACUGGUAGACUAUGAAGAAGUCCUAGCCAAGGCAAAGGAUUUCCGUUAUAACUUGUCAGAGGUCCUACAAGGCAAGCUCGGGAUAUAUGAUGCUGAUGGAGAUGGAGAUUUUGAUGUGGAAGAUGCUAAAGUGUUGCUAGGCCUUAAAGAAAGAUCUGUCCCAGCACAGCCAGCAUCACCAGAGCCUGAGGAGAGCACCCAGCCUGCUGACAGCUCCUAUGUGCAAUCAGAGCCCAAGAAUGCUGAUGAGCAGCUGGAGGAGGAAAUUCAGUCUGUUGUUGAGGAAGAUCUCCACUCCCAGCCUGGAGAGACCCAAGAAGGUCUUGGUGAAGGCAUUACUGACCAGUGGCAAGCAGAGGAGGAAACACAUGGAGAAACCUUUGAAGCUCCUGCCACAGAUGACUUGCACCAUGGACUAGAGAAUGAAGUGCCAGAAGCAUAUGAGGCAGCAGACUCAGUUCAGGAAGUUUCUGAAGAUGAAAUGGAUGUGGAAAAGCCAGGAAGUGACCCAGAAGCUGCAGGUGACUCUGACCUGACUCUAGAAGAUGCAGUGGAACAUGACACAGCUGCUGAGGACAUUCCAGAGGAGGUCAAUGAAGCCACAGAGCCAGAUGAAAUCAUUGAAGACUUUGAUGUUGAGAAAGAGGCACCAGCAGACAGCAAGCACACAGAAGCUGAUGUGGCCACGGGACCAGAGGAGUCAGAAGUUCCUGCUCCAGCUGAGGACUACUCAAAUGAUGAUGCAGUGGGGAAAAGUGAAAAAGAAGCUGGGCAGGACAAAACAGAGAAAGCUACAAAGAAGAAGAAGCCAAAGCUCUUGAACAAGCUUGACAAGACCAUUAAAGCUGAACUGGAUGCUGCAGAAAGGCUGCGUAAGAAAGGGAAAGUUGAAGAAGCUCUGAGAGCCUUUGAAGCUUUGGUGAGCCAGUACCCAGAGAGCCCUCGAGCAAGAUAUGGGAAAGCACAGGCUGAAGAUGACUUGGCUGAGAAAAUGAGAAGCAAUGAGAUGCUGCAGAAAGCCAUCAGCAGCUAUGAUGAGGUGGUUCAUUUGCCAGACGUCCCCUCAGACCUGAUAAAGCUGAGCUUGAAGCGAGAAGCAGACAGGCAGCAGUUCCUUGGUCGCAUGAGGGGUUCCCUGCUCACCCUACAGAAGUUAGUUCACCUCUUUCCCAGUGAUACCUCGUUCAAGAAUGACCUGGGGGUUGGUUACCUCUUGAUAGGAGAUAACAGCAAGGCCAAGAAGGUGUACGAGGAGGUUCUGAGCCUGGCUCCAAAUGAUGGCUUUGCCAAGGUGCAUUAUGGCUUCAUCCUGAAGGCAGAAAACAAGAUAGCAGAGAGCAUCCCCUACCUCAAGGAGGGACUUGAGUCUGGUGACCCUGGCACAGACGAUGGCCGCUUUUAUUUCCACCUGGGAGAUGCCUUGCAGAGGAUGGGAGACAAAGAUGCAUACAGGUGGUAUGAGCUUGGCUACCAAAGAGGGCACUUCGCGUCCGUCUGGCAGCGCUCCCUCUACAACGUCAAGGGGCUGAAGGCUCAGCCCUGGUGGACAGCUAAGGAGACAGGUUACACAGAGCUGGUGAAGUCCUUGGAAAAGAACUGGAAGCUGAUUCGGGAUGAGGGCCUUGCUGUGAUGGAUAAGAGGAGCAGCCUCUUCCUGCCUGAAGAUGAGAACCUGCGGGAGAAAGGGGACUGGAGCCAGUUCACCUUGUGGCAGCAAGGGAGGAAGAAUGAGAAUGCCUGCAAAAGUGUGCCAAAAACUUGUGCUUUGUUGGAAAGGUUCCCAGAAGCUACUGGCUGCAGAAGAGGGCAGAUCAAAUACUCAAUCAUGCACCCAGGGACCCACGUCUGGCCCCACACAGGACCCACCAACUGUCGCCUGAGGAUGCAUUUGGGCUUGGUGAUCCCUAAGGAAGGCUGCAGAAUUCGCUGUGCCCAGGAGAACAGGACCUGGGAGGAAGGCAAAGUUCUGAUUUUUGAUGACUCUUUUGAGCACGAAGUCUGGCAGGAGGCUGCAGCUUCUCGCCUGAUUUUCAUCGUGGACGUGUGGCACCCUGAGCUGACAGCCCAAGAGAGGAGGACUCUGCCUGCCAUUUAAGGGGCUCCUCCUGAUGGCUGGAGCAGAGGAGCUUUAAUCCCUCUGGAGUAUGCAAUGGGACUCAUUUCUCUGGCAUGAAAAGGACCUGAGUAUUGUGAGGGGUUAGAGGAGGUAAAAGGAUGAAGUUCUGCAGUCACAGAGGGGCUUGGUUUAAAAAAGGAAAACAGACAAAGACAACAUAGAAAUGAUUUUCAAAAGGAAAAUAAAAGAUAAAGAGGAAAGGGGAAAAAAGAGAGGGGAAAAAAAAGAAAAAAAAAAGAGAGAGAAAAAAAGAAAAAAGAUUAAAAAAUGAAAAAAGAAAAAAA